AUGUCCGUCCUUACAUACGUCGUGUCCGGGCUCACGUCCUACGUCGCCCUCACCGUCGGCCUUUUCGGUCUCUCCAUCAAAGUCCCCCGAGCCGGCUUCUUCGCCCGCUGUCUCGCCGCAUACGCCUCGCUCCUCCUCUGCGCAGCCUACGGGGUCCUGGCGUCCGUCGUCCUUCGCAUCAGCGGCCAUGGCGGAGUCUCGCAGUGGGCGGUCGCCCGCAGCUUCAAGUGGGUGAUGUGGCUGACGACGGGGACAUACUUUGACAUCAUCGAGGGAAAAUCCCACCUGUCGACGCGCCCGGCCGUGUUUAUCGGGAAUCACCAGACGGAGCUGGAUGUGCUGAUGCUCGGGGCGGUGUUCCCUCCGUACUGCAGUGUGACGGCGAAGAAGUCGCUGCGCAACGUGCCGGUGCUGGGGUGGUUCAUGGCCCUGUCGGGAACGGUGUUUAUUGAUCGCGCGAAUCGGCAGACGGCGCUGAAGGCGUUUGAUGGGGCGGCGGAGCAGAUGCGGAAGCAGAGGCAGAGUGUGUUUAUUUUCCCUGAGGGGACGCGGAGCUAUUCGUCGGAGCCGUGCUUGUUGCCGUUUAAGAAGGGGGCGUUCCAUUUGGCGGUGCAGGCGGGGGUGGAUAUUGUGCCGAUUGUGGUGGAGAAUUAUUCGCAUGUGUUGAAUAUCAAGAAGCUCAGGUUUAAUGCUGGCGGGAUCAGGAUCAAAGUCCUUCCGCCUAUUAGCACAAAGGGCCUUACUCCCGCAGACGUCGAUGGCUUGACACUCAGAACCAGAGAUUCCAUGAUGGAAGCCCUUACGGAACUACACAAGUUCCGGGAGUCACAUUCGAAUGGGACUCCAGCCAGAUGCAUACCAGUCAAUGCCGCCAAAUCCAGUGCCAUCGAGAUAUGA